CAACACUAUAUCACAUGUAAACAAUAUUGCAAGAUGCAAGCCAGUAAACCAAAAAGUUACGUGAGGUCGACCUACGUCUACACAAAACUUCGCAAAUCCUUCGGCAGACAACCAUUGUUCCAAGACGUACCUGCGCAUCUGUUGGACUCUAUAAGCCCCGAUAGAGCGGAACAAAAUCUUUAUUGCCUCCGGAACCCGGUUCACGAAUUUGUUCAGGCGACGCUGCCUCAGGCCUUGCACGAAACAAACACCAAUGUAGUGGAGCUGCGCGAACAAGGCGUCAACCAUACUGAGGGUGGGUGGCCCAGGGAUGUUCACCUGUUGAAUGAGGAGCACGUGGCGCGUCAUCGGCGCCGCGUCAGACAUGAAGACGGCUACGUGCGUGCCGUGCUGGGCCUCACCCCGCAGGUGACACGUUGCAUUGAUCAGAACAAUGCCAUCGACAUGUACCAGACGUACUUCGAUAACAUCCCCCCACAAGCUCCAGUCGAGAAAUACAACUUACAAGUAGCAAAUGUUUUUAGAGACCAAUUCAAACGCCCCGUAUCCUGUAUCACCUGGACCAACGAGAAGAAAUCUCGUCUUGCAGUUUCAUACAGUGAACAAGUUUACUUUUCUGUGACGCAUAGUACAGCGCCGACCGCGUGCUAUUUAUGGGAUGUCAACAUACAAUCAGCUCCGCUACUCGAGUUUAAGCCAGAAAGUAGUUGCUGGCGACUAGCGUGUUCCCCGAGCGAUCCCGAUGUAUUAUUAGCGGGUCUCGAUAAAGGUAUAACUGGUUUAUUUGAUUUUCGCGUAAGCAGUCAAGCUGUAGCCAGCACUUCCAUAUACAAUUCGCACGACGCUCCAGUGAGCGGCCUCCUUUAUUUACAUACGCGCACAAAUCGCGAAUUUUUUUCAAGCUCUCCUGACGGCCAGUGCCUCUGGUGGGAUGCACGAAAUCUUUCAAAGCCAUUCGAUCAACUUUGCAUGGCAGUUCGUCUUGGACCUAAUGAAGAACCAUCUCUGAGUAAAGCUGAAGGUAUAAGUAGUUUGGAGUAUGAUCGCGGGUUGCCAACAAAAUUUCUAAGUGGAACGGAGUCUGGAUUAGUGAUUAAUGCGAAUAGAAUGGGACGAUCUCAUUCCGAGAUCUUAGCCUCAUACUGGCGAGCACAUGAUGGCCCAGUUAGGGCUGUUCACCGCAGUCCUUGUACGUUGAGAAUGUUUAUAACAUGUGGGGAUUGGAGCGUCCGUAUAUGGAGCGAAGAGGUCCGGACUGCGCCUAUUAUAGUCACGAAGCCAUAUCGCCAUGAAGUCACUGAUGUCGCUUGGGCACCUUUAAGAUAUUCCAGUUAUAUGGCAGUGUGUGACGGGGGAGUGUUUUACUAUUGGGACUUAUUGAGAAAACAACGGGAACCAGUGGCCAGUCUACAAGUAACAAAGCAGGGGCUUACUAAAGUGACCCCCCACCCGGAUGGUGAGCUGAUAGCGACGGGUGAUAAUGACGGUUCACUUUUCUUACUGCAUGUUUCGGAUAAUAUGGCCGUUCCUGGAAGUCAUGACAAGCAGUUGGUUAAUCAAAUUUAUAAUCAACAGUCAAAGCGUGAACACAUCUUGGAUAACAGAGUAAAAGAAAUUCGCUUGAAAUUACGGGAGAACGCAGCGUUAGAAAGUGAGGGCUUAGCAGAAGAGUGCGGAGAUGUAGUGGAGAUCCUUGAGAAGACUGAGGAAGAUUAUUUUGCAAUUGUCCAGGAUGAAUUAAAUAAAAUGGAGUGAUAUCAUAUCUUUACAUAUUUAAAGUUUGAUGAAGGUUUAAUUAAUUCUUCUAAGCCAGUCUAUUCACUAUUUUAGUUUU